AAGUAAAGUUGGGUGAAGUUGGCCACACACACAGGGACACAUUGAGUGAGAAAGUGGCCAACCUCUCUCUGUCUUUCUUCGUCAUCAUGAUUCAUGAUCAUCAAUCCUCUCCUAGAUAGCUAAACAAAAUUAUAAAUCCCACAAAAGGUGAAAGGUGGUAAAGAAGAAAAAGCAAAUUCAUACAAGCAAGAACCAGAUUCAAAGUUGUAGAGAGAGAGAGAGAGAGAAAAGGUGUUUUGGAAAAGAAGCAUGUGCUGGUAUAACAAAGCAAAGCUGGGAGACUAAAGGGGGAAGCGACCCCUUUCCCUUCCCUUCCCUUCUCUUCUCUUCUCUCUUCUCUGCUUGCUCUUUGCUUUUGCUUGUAGCAGCUUUUUCAAGGGUCUUUGGAAGCUUGGAUGGUCUCAAUAAGGAACAAACAGGAAUGCUAGGAACAUGGGAAAGAAAGGGAGUUGGUUUUCUGCCAUAAAGAAGGUUUUUUCACCGCACUCCAAGGAGAAGGCAGCCGAUGGUUUGGAGAAGAAAAGUGCAAAAGAAAAGAAGAAAGGAAAACAAAAAAAUGGAGACACUAAUUCAUUCAUUCCCCUGUUCAGAGAACCAAGCAGUAUUGAGAAAAUUUUUGGGGAUUUUGAAAGGGAGCAACAUGUAAUAUCUUUUAGACCUCCUAUAUCUGAUGAGCAACCACAAUCACCGCCUUCAGUGCUUCCAAGAGUUGCUUCUCCAAGGGCUCCUUCUCCAAGGGCAGCUUCUCCAAGGGCUCCUUCUCCAAGGGCGCCUUCUCCAAGAGCUCCAUCUCCAAGGGCGCCUUCUCCAAGAGCUCCAUCUCCUAGGAUCGUUCAUCACCAUAAGGAGAUCAGCUACAGACCGGAACCAACUCUAAGGAACCACCAUGCUUCUGCUACUAAAAUCCAAGCAGCCUAUAGAGGUUAUAUGGCAAGGAGAAGCUUUAGAGCUCUAAAGGGUCUAGUGAGGCUUCAAGGAGUGGUUAGGGGACAGAAUGUCAAGCGUCAAACAGCGAAUGCCAUGAAAUACAUGCAACUCUUAGUGCGGGUUCAAUCUCAGAUUCAGUCACGGAGGAUCCAGAUGUUAGAAAGCCAAGCAAGACGUCAAGUUCAAUACAAGAAUGACAAAGAUGUUGAAAACACAUUUGGCAAAUGGACCUUGAGCCAGGCAUCCGAGAUGGGAAAUAACGAUGACUGGGAUGAUAGCUUGCUAACUAAAGAGGAAAUAGAGGCGAGGAUGCAGAAAAAGGUUGAGGCUGUCGUCAAAAGAGAAAGAGCAAUGGCUUAUGCAUACUCUCACCAGCUGUGGAAAGCUACACCUAAAUCAGGUCAAACACCUCUAGCUGAUAUCCGAUCUGGGGGUUUUCCAUGGUGGUGGAACUGGUUAGAACGUCAACUCCCGCCAAAAGACCCUCCUGUUGAAACCAAUGCAAUGAAAACCUUUCAGCCUACUCCUUCAAGAUCACGUCCAGAGCUAAAGCAGAGCCCUUUGCCUCAAUCAAGGCAACAUCCUUUUGCAUAUGAUAGCAAUCUGGACACUCCAAAAUCCUCAAAAUCAACCAUGAACCUCACAACACUAAAACAAGCACGAACCCCGCCUACCUUUAAUACGAGGACUCCACAAGCAAACAGCUCUGGUUUAUCAAAGUACACAAGACCAACAGCAGGUGGAUCUGACUCCCCUUUCGGGUUUCCACUAAAGGAUGAUGAUAGCCUUGUAAGCUGCCCUCCGUUCUCGGUUCCAAGCUACAUGGCUCCGACGGCUUCAGCCAAAGCCAAAGCUAGAGCUAGUAGUAAUCCAAGGGAGAGGUUUAUGGGGACUCCAAGCAGCGAAUCAAAGAGAAGGCUUUCUUUUCCUUUGACUCAAGGUAUUGGGUCGUUCAAGUGGAAGAAAGGACCUUUUUUCUCUAAUAAUAAGGAUUCUGGCUCUCAAAGGAUUUUAGAUAAGAACCAGUCUCUGCAAUCUAUAGAAAUUAUGAGUAUAGAUUCCACGGUUUCUAUGCCUGCAGGAGUUGGAAGGAGGCCGUUUAACAGAUUUGUGUGAUUAAAAUUUUGUUUGUUCUUAACCUUCUACCCCAUUGUGUUUCUUUUGUAUGUGUGUUUGGUGAUAGAUUGAGUCACUUGUUACUGGUGUAAAAUAAUAAUAAACAAAAAUAUAGGAAAUGAUGGUUUGGAAUUUUUUAUUUUCUUA